AAGGUACAAAGGUUAGAUUUUCUGAACGCAACUGACAACUGUGUUGCAGUGUUCGCGUUUGGCCAAACUUACGAAGUGCUGUUCCUGGCUCGAAGCAUCCAGGGCAUCUCCUCCGCGUGCAUCGGCGUUUCCGGGAUGUCGUUGGUCGCCUCGCAGUAUCCGGAAGAGGACAAAAGGUCGAAAAUUAUGGGCUUCGUCCUCGGCAGCAUAGCGCUGGGCGUUCUCGUUGGAUAUCCGAUUGGUUCUGUCCUCUACGAUCUCAAGGGGAAAAUGGCACCUUUCUUGUUGGUCUCUUGCUUCAUCGUCGUCACCAUUUUCGAGCGAGCGAAACACGUGUUGGACACACCUGCUGUCCAACCGAUACAUACUAAUCAUCUUUGGAGCUAUAUGGUGCUCGACAUCACCCAUGGCUAUCUUAGAACCCUGCCUACCAAUCUGGCUACGAGCUCACAUAAAACCCAAGAAAUGGCAACUGGGAACAGUGUUCAUACCGGACAGCGUGGGCUAUUUAGUUGGGACCAAUUUUUUCGGCAUGAUAGCCUAUCGCUACGGGCGAAGUAAAAUCGCUGUUCUAGCGAUGCUGUUGGUUGGCAUAAGUGCCAUUUUGAUACCAUCCUCCCAGACAAUGUCGCAACUGAUAGUUCCACAUUUAGGAAUGGGUUUAGGCAUUGGGGUGGCGGAUGCUGCUCUGGUGCCAUUGUUAGCCAGCUUGGUAGACCAAAAUGGCAAUUACGGGCCCGUUUACUCGAUUCAACAAGUGGCUGUUAGUCUGGCCUAUUCCCUCGGGCCCAUCGCGGGAGGAGAAAUGGUAAAGACGAUCGGCUUCCAAUGGGUUAUGCGAAUUAUCGGCUUAAUGAACAUCGGCUACUGUCCGUUCCUAAUAUACCUCAGCCUGGAGAGGAGAAAAUUAUUAAAUCAGCAGGAUGAGAAGAGAGAUUACGAGACCUUUCAGAAAUCAGUGACGAAAUACGAGCGCUUUCGGGACUCUGACGACGAUCUCUGA